AUGAAAGCUUUGAUCGAAGGCGAUGGCUCGUUUGACAUUUCGAAAUUGCGAAGGAAUGCUUUUCUCUCCAUCGCACUUUCUACUGUUUGCAUUGUUUCUGUUGUGAUUCUUAUGCCAAUCUCAUACCAAUCGUUACAAAGAAUUCACUCGGAUCUCCUCAACGAUGCGCACUUCUGUCAGGCACGAAAUCGCGAUUUGUGGGAGGAGACGAUGCGUAUGGCGAGCAGUCGUGGGAGAUCGGAUGAACUCAUCGCGAGAACUCGACGAGCCAGCGGCACAUGGCUUUUCGGGCAAUUCAUUCCUAAUCGAGCAAAUCGCAAUCGCCGGCAGGAAUACGCCGAAAAGGCUGGAGCUGUUGCUGGCGCUGGAGGAGGCGGUGGCCAAUGCCGACGAGGUCCGCCUGGUCCGCCUGGAGACGAUGGAGGUGUGGGUGCUGAUGGAAAGGACGGUGAGCCGGGGAAGGAUGGAAAGAAUGGCGAAGACGGAACUCCGGAUGGAGGAUACCAAGAAGAACCAUCUUCUGAUUUGGCGCCUGCAUGCGAACGCGAGUGCCCGCCCGGCCCUCCAGGACCAACGGGACCACCUGGAGACAAGGGACCAAGGGGAUAUCCUGGCGAAUCGGGAGAACCAGGAAGCCCAGGAAAGCCUGGAGAAAAAGGAGGCCCAGGACCUACCGGACAGCCGGGUCCACCAGGUUAUCCUGGAAGACCAGGACCACGAGGAGACAACGGAAAAGUUAUUAUGGGAGAGGCUCCUGCUGGACCACCAGGAAGACAGGGUGAAAUGGGACCAGCUGGACCGCCAGGGCCACCAGGACCUCGCGGAACGGACGGACAACCUGGUGAGCCUGGUCCGCCAGGAGACCAAGGAAAUCCAGGACCUUAUGGAAAACCGGGGCCAGCCGGCGAACCUGGAGAUGAUGGAUCAGCUGGACCCCCAGGAGGCUGCGAUCACUGCCCUCCACCACGCACGCCACCCGGAUACUAA